GCAAACACCAACCGGGGACCUCAUCUUCCUAAAUCCUAAUAUACUUGUUCACAUUUACCCAAAAAAGAAAAUUAUUUUUCCUUUAAAAAAUAAAAAUAAAAUCCAGUAAUUCACCUCACCUCCGUCAACCACUCUGUUCCCGUCUCCGAUCACUCGGUAACAGCAUUGGGGGGCAUAGGCUGAGAAGAAGUGAUCAGGUAGCAUGGAUGAGGAAUUUUUUAGAGAGAAUGGGAAGGGAAUAGCAGCUCCAUCUUUGGUUGAUCUGUGCGUUCAUGUGGCGAUAGAUAAUAUAAGGUACCUUGGGGAUGUUGGCGAAACGGAUUUCGAUUUUCUUGAGCAAAUCUUGCCACAUUGUACAAAAGAUCAGUUGAUGCAUAUCGAGAAGAGUACGAAAGGCAGGGAUUUGAGUCCAGUAACUGAUAAGUUGUGGAAGAAAUUGUAUGAGAAGGAGUUUGGUAUUGAGAGGACUAAUCUCGUGAUUGAAAGGAUGAGGAAAAAGAAAGUCAAUUUCAGAUGGUUGCAAUUGUAUCAGGCCAAAUUGAGGGAAGUGGAUGAGGCUGAAAAUGAAGCUGCUGACCGGUUAAAGAAUUCAUAUAAAAAAGAAGAUGCACGGAAGCAAAGUCGCCAAGUUCGUAUCUGUGAAAAGGUUCCACCAUCAAGCAAUAAAAGAGGUUGGGGUGGAGGACGCAACUACAAUGUUUCCAACACAAAGAGCAACUUGCUGAAGAAAGCAAAAUUAGACUAUCUUAAAAGUCCUGAGGUGAGAAAUGCUGCUGUUAUGAAGAGAACUGCGUUCCAGAGGAGUGCCCCUCCCAUGAAGAAGUCAAAUGGGUUUUCUGGGAACCAACUGGGUGCCUCUUCUAAUCAGAGCAAGCCCAUUGAGAGGACAUUCAAGCCAAAGAAGAUGCCGUUCUAAAUGUUCUUGUAUGUGUGAAGGGAGAAGUGUCGGACCGAAUGCUCAAUUGAGCUCUGCAACACAUCGUUGAUUGAAGCAUCCAUUUCCAGAAAAUCUUGGUGGUGGCUUCAAAUUCUUAGCCCGGGGGACACUCUGGCUGUCUUCAAUUGUACUGAACUCCUUCUCAAUAAUGAUCAUUUUUGUUCAUUUCUUUCUUUUUCUUUGGGUCAUCUUUAUGUAGUAUUAUCUCACAACAGUAUCAAUAACAAUGUUAAGCUGAUUCUUUUUCU